AUGAUGCUAUCAUCGCCAUCUAUCUGCUCGAUAUUGCUAGCCUUGAGCUUUCAUUUUAAUAGAGCUCAAGGGGACAUGGAAAUCAUCGGGUACCGAACAGCUUCUGAUGCGGAAGCCGUGUACAUCAAUGAGAAUCAUAAGCUCGAUCCAAAUAUAGAAUACGAUAGAGGAAUGGCUUUUCAUCAAUUAGGCAGGGGCUUUUAUAUGUCAAACGUACCUACUAGGUGGCGAGCUAGAAGUAACGAAUGGUAUUGUGCUGUCAAGGCGGAUAGUGAUAAGCUCGAAGAUAUCGGCAAAGUAUGGAUCCCAAAAGCAAUCUCUGCGGAUGAAAAGCAAUGGCCAUUAGGAAAACCAUUAUGGUACCAAAGAGAAGAGGUACUCUUGAGUUAUAUCAAAGAACAUGUGCCAGAAGAUCCGGAGAAAGCAUUACGCUUUUCAUAUUUAUCAUCAUACGAAAAUGACCUGCAAAUGGUUAUUCCACAUGAAACGAUAAAAGACGAUAAGUUGGAACUAUGGCUUGAAUGCUGGAAAACAGAAGGAGAGAUGUUAGAUUUUUCGAACGAGAUCAUUAAUUGGGAUAAGUAUGAGAUUGCUGGAAAACCCGAACCUGCAGCGGAGGAAGCCGAGGAAUGA